AUGAGAAGUCUUAAAGAAUAUAAAGUGGGUAUGACUAUUAAUGUCAAUGAUCGAAUGCAAAAGGAUUAUUCAUAUGAAUUGACAGAGAAAAUGGGCGAUAAGGCCUCUGAUUAUGGCGAGGACGGGUUUACACCAGAACUUACACCCGAGGAAGUUCUAUCAUCAGGUGCAUUUGAAGGAAAGUAUUUGAAUGAUUGUGAGGACGAAUUUCCAAAAGAAUGGUACGAGAAUUCGAAAAAGCAUCGCGUAAAGAUAGGUGAGCCACCGGAUUAUAGAUUGAACCGGUUCAAAAUCAAGAGCAGACAAUCUUUGGUGAUUUGGAAAGAGAAUGGUUGGGUAAUGGGUGAUGAUCCUCGUGGUUGGUUUCAGUGGUAUUGCAGGUAUUGGCUCGGACGUCGAUGUGCCGAUGACGCUUUUCAGAAAAAACGAUGGAGAGCAUUUAAACGCCACAAGGGCCAAAUUAAUGCUCACUGUGAAAAAGGUGAUUUAAAGUGUCGUCCCAAACAGCGCCAGGCAUUGUUACAAUGGGCUUAUGAUCCAUAUAUAUGA